AAUGGAUCCUGAAAAGAUAUUAGUAUCUGUCGGACCUUGGGGUCGGUAUCAAUUAAUUAAUUAUAUCUUAAUAUGCUUGGCUGGAUUAUUGGGUGGAGGUCAUACAAUGAUGCACAUUUUUCACGCUUCUGUCCCGAAGUUCUAUUGUAAAGAUGGCGAUAGAGCGGAAAAUUUAACAAACAGUAAUAUUACUUCGGUAGAUGCUUGCUAUUACAAUUCAACUUCAACACAAGAAUUGACAAAAUGUAAAAGUUGGUCUUAUGAAGAUACUUAUGGAGUUAACAUUGUUACCAAGUGGGACUUGGUAUGCGAUAGGGACUGGAUGAGAGCAACUGCCCAGAGUAUUUAUAUGGUAGGGUUCAUGAUAGGAGCGUUCUCCUUUGGGCAAAUCUCUGAUAAAAUAGGAAGAAAGAAGAGUUUACUCAUAGCGAUCCUAAUCGUAAUAAUAUUCGGUAGUUGUGCCAUAUUUGCUCAGGAUUAUUGGACUUUUACGCUUCUUAGAGCCAUAUCUGGAAUAGGAGCAGCUGGUUCAUAUACCGUCGGGUUCGUACUUUGUCUCGAACCUAUUGGAAAAAAUCACAGACUUAUACCUGGCAUAUUAUAUCAAGUUCCUUUUUGUUCUGGUUUUGUCAUUGUUUCCGGUCUUGCAUGUCUAUUUAAAAAUUAUAAACAUCUUCAACUGACUUGCUCUAUCUUCGCAAUAGUCUUCCUUUCAUACUAUUGGAUCAUCGAUGAAUCGCCAAGAUGGCUUCUGAUCAAGGCCAGAUACGAAGAAGCCGAAAGGAUCUUCAAGAAGAUAGCUAGGUGGAAUGGGAAUAAAUGCGAUUGGGAUAAUUUACGCAUAUUUUCUGAGCAAGAUCAGGAAAAGGAUGAAUCGAUUUCUAAAGCAUCCGUUCUUGAUCUAUUCAAAACUAAAAACUUACGAAAGAAAACAAUAAACAUCUGCUUCCAAUGGUGCGUUAUAUCUUUGACCUAUUACGGUUUGGCUAUGACAUCGUCGGAGAUAAAAGUUAAUUUGUACUUAAAUGCUGUUAUUGCUGGUUUUGGCGAAUUUUUAUCUUGUCUAUUGGCGAUUCCGUUGGUCGUAAUUGUUGGCAGAAGAGUUCCACUUGCCUUCUUUCAUAUUCUUUGCGGCACAAUCUGCCUAGUUGCUUUGAUGGUUCCAUCAAACAUGCAUGUCCUAUUAAUGGCACUCUCACAAAUUGGAAGAUUCGGCAUAUGUGGAGCAUUUACAAUCAUCUAUGUUUUUUCAGCCGAACUCUUCCCAACUGUAGUCCGAAAUGUUGGAAUAGGUGUUGGAUCGUUUUCAGCAAGAAUCGGGGGUUUAUUAGCGCCUUUUAUGACAAGAUUGGAUAUAACUGCUGCUUUAAUCAUAUUUGGAAUUUUAAGUUUAGCCGCAUCUGCUUUAGCUAUCCUGCUACCCGAUACUUUAGGCGUCAGUUUACCGGAAACGAUAAAAGAAGGUGAAGAGUUUGGGCGGAAGUACGUAUCACCAUUUAGAAGAAUUUCAAAGAAGCGAACCAAAAAAGACGAGGAAAAUGAUAUAGCUUAUAAAUGA